UUUAAACAAGAAAUGAUAAAAAGAGAAUACAUUGUAGUGUUUAUUUAAAAUGGAUUCCAUUCUGAUACGAUCGGUCGUGAGCGGUAAUAGUUGAUAUCAAUAUCGAAAGUGUUUAUGACAAAUCAUUGUCUAAAGCUUGAAGUUAUCAUAAUUUUUGGCCGAAAAAACAACAACAGUUUAACUAGUACAAUUUUGGAAUGAUACUGUAACAUUUUUUUCUAAGCACAACAUUACUGAUGUGCGUGCCAUGGCAUGAGUGGACAAAUCGGUCAUGGAAAGUCAUCCGUUACUUUAGAUAAAUGUGAAAUUGAUAAAAGAAUUGUUAAAAUCAUGAACUUAAAAUUCUUCUACACACGUUCUUAAAGUAGUUGAUGGUCAUCCUUGACCAAUUCUACCAACGGUGAAUUGAUACUGCGCAAUCAACCAAUUAUUGGUACAAUGUAACCUUUAAGCCUUUGCGUUUGUUACAACUUUGUUUCGUAUCAUUUGGAACUCUUCAAUUGUAAACAACUUGGAGACGGAUGGAUCAUUAGAACUAACAUAGAAAGGCAGAAUGAACAUUGACCUGUGUGGGCGUAUACGCCCAAGCCUAAAGGCAGAGGGGGCGGAGAAUCUCGUUAUCGAGGGACAGAGGCUUGCUGCACACCCACGGGGACCAUAUCUGAACUUCAAGACACUUCAUCGUCAAGAUGGCACAAACACAGAUGUAUUCCGCAGCUCUAUGGAUGAUCUGUUGGAUUUUUUUCUGGCGGGUUUCAAUGUGUCUCUGUUUGUGAUGGGGGAGAGCGGAUCAGGCAAGACAUACACGCUCACAGGGGAGGGAACCAAGCGGGCGGGGAUUGUGCCCAUGUUGUUUGAUACUCUCUUUUCCAGGCUUCACGGAGAGCGGUUCAUGGCAGACACACGUGUGAAGCGUCAGAACCCGAUGGUCUCCUUGGAGAUGUUUGAAAUCUAUAACGAGCUUAUCAAGGACCUGAUGCAGGUUCCAGGGGGCUCCAGUCAGUACCUUGAGCUAGGAGACACUGCCGAGAAGGGUACCUAUGUGAAGAAUGCUGCAUCCAUUUCCAUCAAGGAAGCCCAGGAUGGGUCCACGCAGUUUCGCCAGGGACUUUCCCGCCGCACAGAGCAGACAACAGAUUACGGUCCGGCCCAGAACAAUGCGGCCACUGUUCUACAUAUUGACCUCCAGAUGUUGGUAGGUGAGAAUCCCUCCCCAAACAAAUCCCGCUUCACGAUCGUUGAGUUACCGGGACUAGAGAAGCUAUCCAACGACCCGAACCAGCUACGCCAACGUGAGGGGCCGGCCCUUAGCAAGGCUCUGAUUGCCCUCAACGGCGUUGUGACCCAGCUGUCCAGUAAUCCCUUCCCUGACAGGGUCAUACACUACAGCGACUCCAAACUAACCCGUCUGUUGAGAAAUGAGCUUGGCGGCAACUGUAAAUCACGGGCGAUACUCUGUCUGAAGCCCGUCACCCACUCCGAGAACCUCACAUCUAUACUUAACUUUGCCACACGUGUCACUCAAGUGAAAAACUUCCCGAUUGUGAAUGACAGCUAUGCUCAGAACCUGAUCACCCAGUACCAGGCACGGAUUAUUGACCUACAGAGCCAGUCUGGGGUUGGCCCUGCCCCCCUUGCUGCCAGGAUGACAAACGCUGGUGAUGUCAACGAGACGAUCCGUACAAUCGAGACGGAAAAUAUCCGGUUGAAGGAUGAGAAUGACCGACUGCGCGUCCGUAUGGACAGCAUGCAACAGAAGUUUGGUAGUCUCGCACACACCAAGACAGACCUCUCACAAGAAAUCCUGCUUACUGAAGAAGAAAAAUUAAAGCUGUCUCAGUCGCUGGUUGAGAUGCAGAUAGAGAAUAACAAGAUCCGGGAGGAGGCUGAGGCCACCAAGUUUGAACUCACAAACAAGAUUAUUAUGUUGGAGAGUGAGCUGGUCGAGGCCCAAAAUGAGAGAGAUCGGAGCAACCGGCAGGCUCGUAGUGCCAAGGAAAGGCUUAAUGAGAUGGAGAAAGACCGCAAAGACCUCGCUGAUGAGUAUGUUGUUCUCAAGACUAACUACCUGGCCCUUGUACGCGAACAUGAGAAAGAGAGUGAGAGAAAUGAAGAACUCAGUGUAGAGCUACUAAACCUCGUCAAUGCGAAGGCCACCCUCAUGAGGCAGUUGGCUGUCCUCAACAGCGACCCAAGCAAACCUGGGGAGGCUGAACAGGAAGUGGAUAGGGUCAAGGCUAUUGUGAUCCAGAAGUCUUCUGGCAAAGUCAAGGCUGAUGAGAUCCUAGGAACACAGAAGGACCGAGAGUCUGUGGAACAAACGCUGUUUGCAAACAAGAAGCGUUAUGAGGAUGAGAUGGAACGUACCCGGCGGGAUCAUGGAGCAGAGCACUCAAGACUAGAGAACAUGCUGGCUGACACCCAGAGGGAAUUGAAAGACAUGAGGAAUCUGGCCCGGGAGAGACAGCACAAAAUAGCAGAGAUCAAUGCUGGCCUGAUAAUGGCACGGAGUGAAAAGGAGGCCCUGGAAAUGCAGGUGAACCGGCUACAACACAAGUCCAAGGACCUCGGGGAAGACUUCCGUAUGAGGCUCAUCAAAUAUGUGGAAGACAUCUCGGACUACAUGGAUAAUGGCAGCGGAAUCCCGGAUGCCAAGCGGGACAAGAAGAUGAAGCAGUAUGUUGACAGCAUGUUGAAGGACAUGACCAUGUCGCACAAAGACCGGGAAGACCAGCUGAGUCACGCCGCACAGCAGUACCGAGAACAGAAACGCAAGUUCGCUCACAAGUACGAGGAGCUGCUGGUGGCAUAUAGGAGCCUGCGUCUGUUAUGUGAACAGCGGGGUAUAGCGCCAGAGGACAUGGGCCCAGAUGAACACAGGCUUGGCCUGACAGACUCAGACGUGACCUCCAAUCACCUGAAGGAAAUCAAUCGACUCAAGGGGGAGAGAGAUGAACUACGCAUGCAAUUUACCUCCCUUAGGAACAAGUUUGGGUUGUCAGAAGACAUGAAGGAAUUGGGUGUCAGGCCAGGAGAGAAGCCAGCAGAGUCCUGGGCCCAGCUUCGUAAACAGCUCCGUGAGUUCACGUUGAACACACAGCGACAGCUAGAGGAGGAGCGCACAAAACUGCUCUCUGAGAACGAGGUGCUCAAGACACAACUCCGGGAAAGCCAGGACUACAUUGACAGUCACCUCGCCAAGUACAAGCAAGAGAUAGUGAAGCUGCGACGUAUGUUGGGGUACGAUGAAGACGGUGUCCCUAUGACAGACCGGAGUGGCAAGGCAAGGUCACGCAGGCACUGACCUUCACCUUGACUCCUACCUCCAUGGCAACUGUUGCCUGGGAACUGUUACCAUUCUACCUAUUGUGCUUCCAGAUUAUGUUGAUCUUCCAUAGCAUACUGUGAUACAUGUAGUGUAAUUUCCCUCCAUCUACUUUAUUGACUGUGAUAUAUCUGCUUAAAUUCCUGCUUAAGUGUUGAACAGUUGUUUACAUUAUGAAGUGUUACCAGAACUUCCAAUUUUAUUUAUGGAUUUAUUUUUGUGAGAGCUUAUUUAUUCACAUGCUUACAUAUCACACAAAUAGAAAAUGCCUGCACUUUAUUGUAGUGUGCUGGACGUAGAUUUGACUUACAAAUUCACAUGUAUCUAAAUAUAGUUAAUAUACAUGAUAAUGGUUAUUUUUAUUUACUAUCACUUGUAGCCUUCUACUACACACUUCUGAUCAGUAGUAAUUCUGGCACAACAAUGAAUAGUUCUCCUCUUGUUUCAUGCUGAAAUUUAUAUAAACCCUCUAAGUUCUUGUUUAAACGCUAUCAUUUUGUCGGUGUUUAUAUUUUUACACCAUCAUAACGUUAAGUCAUAUAAUAGUGUAUGUUCACUGCUUUAUAAUAUAUUUGACAAGAAAUUUUAUAUAAUGGCCUUAUUGUUUCAUAUUUUUCAUAUUACAACAUUUUGUCAAUAUUAUGAUGCACAGCAUUCCUUAUUUAUUUGUAAAUGAAUUCACUUUUGUAUGUACAUUAAUAAUCAUAUCCGAUAUCUAUGUUUUCACAUAGAAUUUAGUGCAAUCCACUUGCUUCUAGCAGCUUAUGUUUGUUACAGAGAAUAAAGUAUCUUUAUGCCAUA